AGCCCUCUCCUCCUCAGCUGGAGCCCAUUUCUUUCUCUGAAGUCUCACAGUGUGGAAAGCAGGGAUGAAACUACUUUUUGCAGCUACUUUUGCACUCUUUGUGCUUUCUGUCUUUGACCAGGCAGACUCCUCAGCUUAUGACAAGAUAGUUGCCCAUAGUCGUAUUCGAGCAAAGAAAGAAGGACCAAAUGUCUGCGCUCUGCAGCAAGUCGUGGGGACAAAGAAGAAAUACUUCAGCACUUGCCGUAAUUGGUACAAAGGGGCCAUCUGUGGAAAGAAAGCGACUGUGUUGUAUGAGUGUUGCCCAGGUUACAUGAAGAUUGACGGUAUGCGUGGCUGUCCUGCAGUUGCUCCUAUUGACAACGUUUAUGGUACACUUGGCCUGGUGAAGGCCACAAGAACCCAGGAGUACUCUGCUCUAUCCAAGCUACAAGAAGAGAUUGAAGGUGCUGGUUCAUACACCUUCUUCGCACCCAGUAAUGAUGCCUGGGAUCUUCUUGACCAAGAGGUGACGAGUGCUCUGGUGAGCAAUGUUAAUAUUGAACUGUACAAUGCUCUGCACUACCACAUGAUCAACGAACGUUUCCUCACCAAAGAUCUAAAAAAUGGAAUGACCGCAACCUCUAUGUACAAUGACUUGAGCGUGCUAAUCAAUCAUUACUCAAAUGGGAUUGUCACUGUAAACUGUGCCAGGAUCAUUCACGGCAACCAGGUUGCCACCAAUGGAGUUGUGCACGUCAUUGACCGUGUCAUCACAGCAGUUGGCAACACCAUUCAGGAUAUGAUUGAAGUGGAUGAUGAUCUGAGCACUUUGAGGACUGUGGCUACUGCCUCAGGUCUCAAUAAGAAGUUGGGUGAGCCCGGACACUUUACCCUGUUUGCCCCCACCAAUGAUGCCUUUGAAAAGUUGGGCAGAGAGGUCCUGGACAGACUUAUGGAAGACAAGGAAUCCCUGCAAGCUCUCCUCAACUACCAUCUGUUGAACUCUGUUCAGUGCUCUGAGGCCAUCAUGUCCGGCACCUCUCAUGAGACUUUGGAGGGCAGCAACAUUGAGAUCGGCUGCGAUGGAGACAGUCUCACCGUCAACGGUGUCAAGAUGGUCCUCAAAAAGGACAUUGUCACCAGCAAUGGUGUCAUCCACCUCAUCGAUCAAGUCCUCAUGCCAGAUUCUGCUAAACAGGUUAUGGAGUUGGUUGGACAAUCUCAGGCUACCUUCAGUGACAUGUUGAUGGAACUAGGCUUGUCUGCAGCCAUGAGACCCCAGGCAGAGUACACACUCCUGGCCCCACUCAACACAGCCUUCAAUGAUGAGGUAAUGUCCAUGGACCAGAACUUCCUUAGGAUCAUCCUGGAAAACCACGUCCUGAAGAACAAGAUUGUGCUAAGUCAGCUGUACAAUGGUCAGCGCCUGGAAACCCUUGGAGGGAAAUUUCUCAGAGUUUUCGUGUACCGCACAGCUCUCUGCAUUGAGAAUGCCUGCUUGAUCCGUGGAAGCAAAGAGGGAAGGAAUGGUGCUCUCCAUCUCAUGAAGACCCUGAUCUCUCCAGCAGAGUCCAACAUGUACCAAAUUCUGUUUAAGAAUGGAGCCUUCAAGAUCUUUUUGUCUCUGAUUGAGGCAGCUGGUUUGACAGAUCUGCUGAAACAGGGUGGAGAUUUCACACUCUUUGCUCCCACAGAUGAGGCUUUUGCCGGGCUCAGUGAGAGAGACUUGUCUCUUUUAAAGAGUGACAUGAAUGCCCUCAGAGCCAUCCUGCUGUAUCACUUUAGUCGGGGUGUCUUUAUUGGUGGAGGUUUGGAGACUGGUGUGACUAACCUCCUAAAAUCCAUGCAGGGCAGCAAUCUCAAGGUUUUAUAUGCAAACGCGAGCAUGCAAGUGAACACCGUGAAAGUUCCAGAUUCUGAUCUAAUGGCCACAAAUGGAGUUGUUCACAUCAUCAGGACUCUUCUGUACCCUGAGGAUAUUCCUAUCGGGAGCCAGGAACUCCUCUCACUCAUCAGAAGGAUUAUCCGAUACAUCCAAAUUAAGUUUGUUUCAGGAUACAGAUUUCAAGAGAUCCCUCUGACAUUUAUGACAAUACCCGGUGAUACAAAAGUCACAAAAGUCACCAGAGUCAUUCAGGGAGAGCCCACUCUCACCAAGGUGACAAGGGUCAUUGAGAGUGAGCCAAAAUUUAAGAAGGUUACCCGUGUAAUCUCAGGUGAACCCUCUAUCACUAAGGUUACCAGGGUAAUCGAAAGUGAACCCUCUAUCACCAAAGUCACCAGGGUCGUUGAAGGUCCUGAAUACUCAGUCACCAGCUCCUCUGAUUUGGAGCUAUAUGAUUUUGACGAAAACCUUGAGGGCUUGAAUACAUACAUUCAAGGGGGAACAAGAAGAGUGCCUGGAAGAAGAGUCCAAGGAGCACCUCGCAGGAGAACCAGAAUGGCCAACGCAAAUUAGGCAAAGUAGAACACAAGAACUAAAGUGUUAACAAGGAAUUCAAGGAAUAAGCCACAUACUUCCUAUAUUUACUUGUGCAACGUUUCAGAACCUAUCAGGUUGGAGCUGGGUUUAAGGCAAAAUAAAAAUCAAGAUUGAUAAUUACAGUUUGAUUUGUUCUCCAGAGAUGAAAUAAUUAUAUUUGUUCAAGUAUAUUUAGUCAGAACAGGGAUAUCAAUUGGUUCCCCAUAUGUUUAUGUAAAUAUAUAUAUUUCUUUUUUUUGUAAAGUGCAGUUUAAAACUUUUGUUGAAGAAAGUCUGUUUCAUCUUAUGAAUCAGCCAUCACUUGUGUUAACACAAACCAUUUCAUGUGAUUUUUGAUUAUUUUUUAUAAUACAUGAUUCUUAUUGGUUUGUAGAACUAUGUUGGGUAUACAUAAGGCAUCCUAGCUCAAAAAAUGUAGGUGUGCAUAUGAAAUGCACGUGGAGUUGUGGUGUGGGGAAAGUUUAGCAUUUAGCAUUAUACACAGAUCGGCCACAACAUUAAAAAGCACCUGCCUAAUAUUGUGUCGGUCCCCCUCGUGCCGCCAAAACAGCGCCAACCCGCAUCUCAGAAUAGCAUUCUUUGAGAUGAUAUUCUUCUCACCUCAAUUUUACAGAGCAGUUAUCCGAGUUACCGAAGACUUUGUCAGUUUGAACCAUUCUGGCCAUUCUCUGUUGACCUCACUCAUCAACAAGUCGUUUCCAUUCACAGAAAUGCCACUCACUGGGUGUUUUUGUUUUUGGCACCAUUCUGAGUAAAUUCUAGAGACUGUUGUGUGUGAAAAUCCCAGGAGAUCAGCAGUUACAGAAAUACUUAAACCAGCCCGUCUGGCACGAGGGAGUCCUACACAAUAUUAGGCAGGUGCUUUUAAUGUUGUGGCUGAUCAGUGUAAAAAUACCUUAAACCAGCAAUAUUAAUUGCUGUUAAUUAUUGUUUUGGGAUACAGUUUAUCAUUGCACGGACAAUGAUUUUAUGGUGCUCAUGUUUAGAUAGGGCAAAGCCUUAAAUAAAGAUUGAAUUAUGCUUGCAAAUUGUUUUGUUAAAAACAAUUUUAAGCUUGUUUUUAUUUUCUGAUAGGGUGAAGGUUUGAUAUUUCUUCCUCAGUGUUUUUGUGUCAAUUUACAGAUUUGAACAGCUUUCAUCACAUGAAGCACAAUGCAUGUUUUGAAAAUGUCAAAGCUAUCUCUCAAACUGCAUCUUCAUUUUACCUGUCCAAUUUUUAAUGCACUUUCCAUUCUAUUUUACAAUUUCCUUAAUAAACGCAACUUUUAGACAUGCAA